UGGAUUUGUUUUUAUUUUAUUAUUAUUUUGUUAUAGUUUUUGGAUGUCACAUAUCUUUUGAUCUGUUAUCUCAUCUGCUGUUGAAACGCUUGAAUGAUGCUUGUGCCCACACUGUAUUUCACUGUAUUUAUGUAGUACACUAUUUAAACUGUAGUUGUUUUCAGGUGGCAUCUAAAAGAAAUUCAAUUUGUACUUUAUAUUUUAAGUUGUAGUUGACCUUAUAUUAAAACACAAUGGAUCGACUUGGCAGCAAACUGAAGCAAAAGCUCAAACUGAGUGACUCCGGAAGUGUCAAAUUCAGCAAAAAGAAAAAUGACUUGGCCAAUGCAAAUAACAACAGUAAUAGCAACAAUGCCAAUAAUGGAACCGUGACACAGAUCAGCGCACCAGUGAGCACGGCUCAGUUCCCACUCUCCUGUUCCACCGCUGUAGAGGUGUGUGGCCAGUCAGCCGGAAGACCUGGCAAAGUGGGCACUUCUCAGAGAAUUGCACCCUCGAAUACCACCUCAGCUACGGUACCUGAGGAUUGUGGGCCUGGGAUUGAACAUCACCCGUCUACUCUCGCCCCUCUGCGGCGCCGGUCGCCCCAGCAACGAGUGUCGUGCUACUUACCUGAAACAGUGGAACGAGGUGACUCGCCCAGAGGCGAAGGUGACCCGCAGGGGGCGUACAGCCCGAAUUCUCGUGUGGCCUUGAAGCAGCGGCGUUAUUCUCUGGAGCUCCAGCAGCUCGUUCGCCGCCAACAGCUUCUCGCCCAGCCUCCUCCACUGUCAUCUGUACCACCUCUGUACCCGACACACAGCUCGGCUGCUCGUUCGUCCACCAUGGAGCCCAGCUUCCUCCACGACUUAGAGCGUCACAAGCGCUUGUCCCUGCAGGAAGCUCUGUUUUACAAGCGUUUGAGCUCAGGUGGUGAACCUUGGGACAGCGGGCGCCCCGCUUCCCUCUCUCAUCCACCGCAGAGGACCCAUGACAGCGGCAUAGGGGGGUUCUUCUUCCCUCCUGCACCAGCGUUGAGCCCCUGCUCUUCUUUCAGCUUACAAGAGUCCGUGUUGGCAAGCCCUCGUUCCAGUUUUGCGAGCAGUUCCGCAAGUGGAGGAGGUGGAGGUGGCGGGAGUCCCAUGGGAAGUCGGUGCAGCAGUAACCGGACCAGCGGCAUUAGUUUGGGCUACGACACCCGCCAUACACCUGGGCCUGCCCAGCAGCUACAGCUCUCCUCGACCCAACUCGGUGGCACCACCUCGGGUCAGCUGUACCCUGUACAGGUGUUAGGGAAAACUGGAGUGCCCCCUAUGGAGGUUUGGAGGGACUGUCUCGAAGGGGUGUCGGGAGUUGGAGGAAGUGUGCACGACAGCCGUCACUCAUAUCCACCCGCGCUAAGCACACACACUGUCACCUUCCACCGAGCAGAACCAGAAUGGGGUCCCCCCCAGCGGGGAUCAAGGGGUGACGGCGUGGGCGAGAGGGUGCGACACUCCGACUUGCUAGGAAGCCGAUACCAGCAGGAGCUCACCCGCCUGAUAUUGAAAGAUGCUGCCCUGGAAGGAGAAGCGUUACUUGGGGGUCUGACAUUAAAAGAACAGCCCGUGCCUGCCACCAUCCUAUCCAGCUCCGUAUCGACUUCAGCCCCAGUCGGAGCUCCAGGGAAAUCCCUGGAAGAACAGUCAGCUGGAAGGGAGUCUGUGUCAUCUGUGGACAGACAGGAGUACUUCGGUACAUGUGUGAAGUGUAGUAAAGGUGUAUAUGGUGCAGAUAAUGCUUGCCAGGCUCUGGACAGCCUCUAUCACACCCGCUGCUUCACAUGUGUUUCCUGUGGGCGAACUCUCCGCAACAAGGACUUUUACAAUGUCAAUGGCUCGGUUUACUGUAAGGAGGAUUACAUGUUCUCAGGCUUCCAGGAGGCAGCUGAGAAGUGCAGUGUUUGUGGUCACCUCAUCUUGGAGCAGAUUCUGCAGGCUCUAGGGAACUCUUAUCACCCUGGAUGUUUCCGCUGUACGGUCUGCUCGAAGGCUUUGGAUGGGGUGCCAUUCACAGUAGACUACCUCAACAAUGUCUACUGCGUCUCUGACUACAACAGGACAUUUGCUCCCAAAUGCGCUGCCUGUUUACAGCCCAUCUUACCUGCUGAGGGCAGUGAGGAGAUUCUCAGGGUGGUGUCAAUGAACAAAGAUUAUCACUUUGAGUGUUAUCACUGCGAGGAGUGUGGGAAGCAGCUCUCUGAUGAGCCUGGGUCUCAAUGCUUCCCUCUGGAUUCCCACCUCCUCUGCCACUCUUGCCACAUGACCAGAGUGUGCGUCACACAUAACCUUCCCCCUCACAACAAACUGAAAUGAGAACUAAUGUGCCUGAUCAACUACUUUGUACUCUCAUAUGCACACUAGUGACCACUGUAAAUUAUUGUCUUUCUAAUGUCUCUCUCUUCUAUGCCAGCUCUAUUUUUUUGAAGGGAGAAGAGGGGAGAAAACACUGUUUUCUCUUACUGAGACUUGAGGUCAUAGUACAUUUCAAAUGCAAAUCCCAGUACUAGUACAAACUGUAUCACCCCCCUAGUGGCUGGGAAAUGCAGCAAUUGAAUCCUGCUGAACAGAAGAAUAUUUCUAUACCAGUUCUCUGAGUUUUAAGAUUAUUGUUGCCUGCUUAUUUCAUUGCUCCUGGGAGUUUUAUCACAGAACACUGUUUUACUCCCAUAUCUACUGUUUGCUGUAGGGAAAAAAAGGGAUUUUUUUGCUUAACAUUUUUCUAUAUUUAAUAUCACUAGCAAAGAUUUUGCACUUAAACAUGUUU